AGACUUGCCUCGGACAAAAUUUCUAAAUCCGUCCUUAUGGGCAUAGCCAAAACACACUCUCUCUCUCUGAACAGUUUCACUUCAACGUCAGGGUCUUAUCAGAUUCUUCCUCUCUUCUCUCAGACGACGGAAGAGAGAGAGGGAGAGAGAGUGAGUGAUCAGAAGCUGCAAAACAAUGGCGGAGGACAAGGCGUCGACCUCGGUCCCGCUGAGUCAGGCCGACAUUGACAUCUCCGGCGACGAUCCCGAGGACCCCGUCAAGGCCUCUCCUUCCUCCCCGAAUUCAUCCACUCGCAAGGCUUGCUGCUAUGUUCUUCAAAGUUGGAUCUCAAAGAAGUUCAUGACUGGAUGUGUUGUCCUUUUCCCUGUUGGUGUUACCCUUUUCAUUACAUGGUGGUUCAUUCAGUUUGUUGAUGGUUUCUUCAGUCCUAUGUAUGAGCAGCUCGGCAUUGACAUAUUUGGACUUGGCUUUAUCACAUCUCUGGUAUUUGUAUUCCUCGUGGGAAUUUUUGUUUCAUCAUGGCUCGGUGCCACAGUUUUCUGGUUUGGUGAAUGGUUUAUAAAGCGAAUGCCAUUUGUUAAGCACAUUUAUUCAGCCUCCAAACAAAUCAGUGCUGCUAUUUCUCCAGACCAGAACACGACUGCUUUUAAGGAGGUUGCAAUUAUUCGCCAUCCUCGUGUCGGUGAAUAUGCCUUCGGUUUCAUAACAUCUACUGUUGUCCUACAGAAGGACAAUGAGGAUGAAGAGUUAUGCAGCGUGUUUGUCCCGACAAACCAUUUAUACUUAGGAGACAUAUUUCUCGUGAACUCCAGAGAAAUCAUCAGACCAAAUUUAUCUAUCCGAGAAGGCAUUGAGAUCAUUGUGUCGGGAGGGAUGACAAUGCCGCAGACGAUUUCUCAUCAAGAGAGAGUGCCUCAAAAGGCCGAGAGCAUACAUAUGAACAGAAUAUAGGAUGGCUUUGUGUAUGGAGAGGAUUGCUUUAGUCUUUAGGGACUACUUUGGCCUCUCCCGGGAGUGAAAUUAGAGUAGUAAUCAGAAUUUAGCACUAGCAGAAUAUACACACACACACAUAUAUAUAUAUAUAUCUGUUUUAAAUUUAAUGCACUUUUAUGUCAUGGGGGAGGGAGAUUGUAUUUCUUUUUAUCAUUAUAUAUAUUUUUAUAUAUAUGCAUUUGAUUUUCUUAGAGUGAAAUGUUGCUUCGAAUA